AUGUCAAAAAGAUUACCUUCACUUUCUGUUGAUUCCUCUAAAAUUGUUUAAUUAGUACAUUACGGUAUACUCAAAUGUAUUAUCUAGGUCAGGCACUAGCUGAAAUGGGAAUGGGUUUUAAAGCUCUUCAACAAUAUGAUUAUGCAUUAGAACUUAACCCAAAGAGUCCUAUUGUUUUUCAUUAAAAAGGUUUAAUCAAUAUAUCAUCUUAGGAUUGUUGUACUUCCAAAAAGAAUAAUACAUUCAUGCCUUGCAUUGUUAUGAAUAAGCCUUACUCUAAGCCAAUUAACUCAAUAUAUAUUUUGAUAAAGGCAAUGCUCAUUUAGCCUUGAAUCAAAUAGACAAAGCCAUAGAAUGUUAUACUAUAGCCUAAUAAUAUUUUAAUAAUCGAAAAGAAGUCUAUUAUCAAUUAGGAGUUGCCCAUUAUUAAAAAAAUAGUAUUGUAACAGCUUUGAGAAAUCUAAUUUAGGCUAUUAAAUUAGAUCCUAAAUAUAUUCUUGCCCUCUAAAAACUAGGAGAUAUUUAUUAUGAUCUUAAAAUGUAUAAGAAGGCCUUAAAAACAUAUGAUAAAAUUCUACGUAUUGAUGGUCUAAACCAUAAAACCGUUUAUAGCAAAGGCUUAAUAUAUUUUGAAAUUAAUGAGAAGGAAAAAGCAUUGGCUUGUUUUGAAAAAUGCAUUCUUCUGUAACCAAAUAAUUCAAUGCCCUACUUUAAUAAAGGAGUCAUAUGUUUAUAAAACAAUGAUUAUAGGGAAGCAUUAAAAAACUUCAAGUAGUCCUUAAAUAGAAAUCCUUAAAAUUACUAAGCCAAAUUUAAUUUGGGUUUAGCGUAUUAAAAAUUAGGAAUUUUUGAUAAAGCUUUGCUACAAUAUAGUAAAUGUUAAUAAACUCAUGAGGUCUUAUUUAAUUCAGGUUUAAUAUAAUAAUAGUUUAAAUUAUACUAUAAAUCUUAGGAUUUGUUUAAGAAAGCAAUAAAAUAAUAAUCAGAUAAACCUGAGUAUUGGUAUAAUUUAGGAAUCAAUUAUUACUUUUUAGAUAAUAUAAGUGAAACUGCAAAUUGCUUUGAAAAAGUUAUUGCUUUAGGAGGUUUAUGGAUUAUUGAGGAUAAAAAUAUUUAACAUCCAGCUAUAAUUUAAUAUAGAUAACAAUUUAUAGAGAAACCAACAAAUUAUAUUAAUUAUUAUCAAUAAGGUCGUAUUUAUUGUUUAUUAAAUCAAUUUUAUUCAGCAAUUAAAUCAUUUUAAAAAAGUAUUGAAUUAAAUUCUAAUUUUGUCUAAUCUAAAUUAGAAUUAGCUAAAGUUUAUGAAAGUCUAAAAUAAUACAAAGAAUCUAUAUUAAUUUAUAAAGAGAUAAAUAAUUAAUAAUCUUAUCAAUAAUUAAGUAUACUAUUAUCACAUUUGUAAUUGCAUGAUGCUACAAUCUAUAUUUUGAAUAAGAUUUUGGAAAUAGAUCCAAAAAAUAUUGAAGCUCUAUACAAUAAAGGAUUAUCAUUAUCUUAAUUAAAUCAAUAUGUACUUGCUUUAUAAUGCUUUGAUGAGAUUAUUCGUAUGUAACCUAGAUAUAUAGAGGCUAUAUUUUAAAAGGGUAUCACUUUGAAAUAAAUAAAUGAAAAUGAGAAAGCUUAAUAAUAAUUUUCAAAGAUACUAAGUUUCACACCAGAGAAUGAAGUAAUUUAUUUAUUGUAAGGUCAUACACAUUUUCAUCUUCAGCAGUAUACUGAUGCUAUAAGUGCUUAUGAGAAAGCCAUAGAAAUAAAUAAUUCUUUUAAUGAAGCUUAUUUUGGGUUAGGAUUUGUUCAUUAUACAAGAAAAGAAUACUAAUUAUCUAUUAAAAUUUAUAAAUAAUACUUAUAAUAAUUUCCAAAAUCAAAAUAAUUCUUGUUAGCUCUUGGUACUUAUAUAAUAAUAUAAUAGCCAAUUCAUUCCAUAAACUUGGAAAAAAUAAAUCAGCUUUAAAGAAAUUGGAUGAAAUUUUGGUGUAAGAUUAAUAUUCAUCUGAAGCAAUUAAUUGCAAAGCUAUAAUUUAUUAUGAUCUUAAAAAUUUCAAAUAGUCCUUUAUAAAUUUUUAAAAGGCUAUUUAACAAAAGCCAAAAUAAAAUGAAUUACUUAAAUAUGUAUAUAAUUCAUGA